AGGAGCGUUCGAGCGAGUAUGAUAUUUAUUUAUCAUACUGUGAAGAAGAUAAGAAACGUACAGAGUUUAUUAUCGAGUGUUUAAAGAAAAACAAGACAAACAUCAAAGUGUUUUCAACAUUACAAGAACUAGACAUGUACGAAUCGUGGCAAGAACAACUGUAUGAUACAAUAACAAGUUGUAAACGUGUUAUUACGUUAAUAACGCCCGCGUACUUGAAGUCAACAAGUUGUUCUGAACAGUAUAACAUCGCGUUAUGUCUCAGCCGGAAGUUACAUCACAAUUUUCUUAUUCCAUUGUAUCUCUCUGAUGUUUCAUACAUGCCAACAUAUAUGGGAAUUACUCAGUACAUUGAUUGCAGGUACGGAAUAGACCUUUCUUAUAAUGACGUCAAACGCGGAAAAACACUUAAUGUUUAUGAAAUUUAUUGGCUCGCCAGCGAUUUGCAUUGACCUGUGGGACAUCGCAUUGUUUUUUCACGCAGACAUCAUCAUUAGUCCUGAAGAGCGAUACAAUUGGAACCAUUUUCAAUAGUUUCUGCUAGGGGUGCACCGGAUAUACUAUCCGGCCGGAUAAUCUGGCCGGAUAGUGACAAAAUCGUACUAUCCGGCCGGAUAUUUACUAUUAUCUGGCCAGAUACCGGAUAAUUUGUUUCAUGAAUUUCCGUUAAUUGAAAAAUAAAAAAUACUAAAAAAUAGAAACCCAAAAAAAGGACAUAUGAAAAAGCUAGUCACUGAUAUAAUUAAUUGAAUUAAUUAUUCGCAGCGUUUGGCCUAAAAGCCGCACUAAAUCCCAUCGCUCAAGAACUUUCGGAAGUUUUCUGAAACACAUGAACGGUGGAAAAAGUUAAAAACAGAUUCUUAGUUAACCAUAAUUGAUUAUUUACUGAAAAAUUCAAAAAAAUAGUGUCACCUUCUUCUGCACUAAUACAUGGAUGAGAAAAAUCAUAAUAUAUAUUAUAUGUCAAGUAUUCAAAUUGAUAAAAUAUCAAGCCGGAUUUUUUUCAGAUAUCCAGCAAAUCCGGUAUACGGCCGGAUAGUAAAAAUCACUAUCCGGUGCACCCCUAGUUUCUGCAAUGUAGACACUAUUUGUUUUAACGAUUUUGAUCCAUUUUAUUAAAAUGAAAUAUAGAAUUAAAUGGUCUGUUAUUUUCAUUCCUCGUUGAAAUAAACCAAUGCGACACGCGGUAGUGAUUUCCUUUGUCUUCUCAUGAAUUAUUAUUAUUAUUAUUAUUAUUAAAAACAUAUUUUAACACGGUAGCUAAUCGACUAAAAAAUAUUUACAAGGUUGUCGUUGCUUUUCAUUAGGCCGUGUACUUACAGACAGUAUAAGAUAUUACCACCCACCCUCCCCAAACCACCCUAAUAAUAUUAGAAAGACAUACAAGUUUAUUAAAGUCACUCCAACCUCACCCAGAUACCAUUAUAUAAAAAUCAUUCAGUAGUUUUUAUUUCUUUCAUUCCAAACUUUAGCAGCAGCAUAACCGAAAGUUCGUUUCAUUGAAUUUGUUUUUGGCUUCGACAACAUCAGCUUAUUUUUGUUACUUUUCUUAAUUCAUAUCGAUCUGAAUUAGAUAGUUUAAAGAUGUCCGAAAUGUACUCGGGACAUUGGCAUGUAAAUGCUUUUGAUACAUAUUUUAGUUGUUGCUCCUUCCUUCUUUCACUUAACGUUUUCCAAUCUAGUUUCUUUAAAAUAUCUAUGGAGCGUAUUUCAUAUGAGUCGCCAGUAAUAACUCUUGCAGCUCGGUUUUGGAGUUUCUGUAGCUUGCCUCUUAGAGAUUCGCCACAGUUACGUUUUAAGGAACAAUAAGUGAUGGCGAAACAGCACUCCCUAGGGAUCUUGUCUUUGCUCUUCUCACUCAUCCUCCUACCCUGGUUCCAGAGGUUCUCGUACCGCCGUAUUAUAAAUUACAUGAUUUAUACAUGAAGCAACUUGACGUACAAAUUAUGCAAUUUGUAAUACGGCGACACAAGAACCUCUGGAACCAGGGUAUCACCCUCCCAACUGCCCGACUAUUAUGUGAUAGAUCGUGUGAGACAUAAAGAUAAUCAGAUGUUGAUAUUUUCGUAUAGGGUACAUGACGAAGAAAAAAUUUCUGAAGCGUGUGCGACAGUGAUAGAUCGUUUAGUAUCAUUUGACGUUGACCAGGAGAUUGUGAGCAGACUGUCCCUACUUGAACAACAUUAUGAUGUUUUCUUGUCCUAUUCGCAUUUUAAUGAAGAUAUAGCGAAGAGAGUGAUCAAGGAACUUCGUAUUUAUCAACCAGAUAUAAAUAUUUUUAUUGAUACGGCUGAACUAAAGGCAGGAGGUGCAUGGCAACAAGCAUUGUAUGAAGCUAUAGGUAAGUGUAACAUGUUGCAAUGACCUUUAGUGAUAUUAGUAGCAUCCUGGACAUAACCGAAAUGAAAAUUUAGAGAUAUCGAGGUUAAUGAGGUUUGGGGCUGUCAAUUUCCCAUUUGUAAUCUAAAAUGACUGAAAAUUGCAAACUUCGCAAGGCGAUAUUUUCCGCAUUUUACAACAUUUCGCAACGAAACUUUGGAAUAUUACUAAUUUUGUGAUACUCUUUCAAGCUGUGAUGAAAUUUUUGUUGAGAUCAAAAUUUAAUCUAUUACGCAAAUGGUCAAUUGCAGGGCCCGCAAGUUCGAUUCCUGCUAGAGGGCCUAUCGCCACUGCUCCUGGUUAGGUAUAAUAAAUGCAUAAAAUUCACACUCGAAAUUACCAUCUACGAAACAAAAAUCUUAGUGCAUAUACACCAGGGCCAAGCUACGAAAUUUUACUUGUUAAGGGAAAAUUCGUGCUGGAAAAGGUAAAAUUAUAAAUAAAGUGAACAAUGUUCAUUCCUGUAACUAGUGGUUUACUUUUCAGAUCGCUCCCAAGUGAUGGUUGCUUUAAUCUCAGGUCAUUACCUUCGUUCAAAAGUCUGCAUCGAAGAACUCAGUUUGGGUAUUGCAUUACAAUGUCAAGGAACUGCAAGACUAUGGCCGGUUGUGAUUGAACCGUUAAGUGAUAAUUUACCGUGGUUGAAGUUGAUCUCACCUGUUGAAUGUUUUGAACGACCUGAUCAACAGGAAUGCUCUACCUUAACUGGUUUGUGUAAAAACAUCCUCAAAGACAUCCAUGGUAAAUUAAAAUUUAUUAUACUUAGUUUUUUAUGUACGAUAUCGUUGUUGACUCAGUGUAAAACAUGGAUGCAUAAACUGGGGAUGUGGGGAGGGGUGCACACCCCUAGCGCAUUGGCAAAGACUGGUGCAAGGUUGGGGGGGGGGGAGUGCCAAUUUCGUUAUCAAUUUUUUUUUGAGGUUUCUCUUUCUCUGACACAUUAAGGCACAUUGACACACCUAACCUGUUUUACAAAGAUUUUAUGACCACCUUCGAGGUGGGGGGGGGGGGCAGUGUUUCACCUCCCCCUACCAGAUCUGGCUGACGAUCCCUGGCGUAAAAAAUUGAUGUAUCAAAAUAACAAAAUAAUUGUGCAUUCGAAAAUGAAUGUACAUGGCUCCAUAUGCUCACUGACUCCUGAUUUAAAAUGAGAACUACACUCUACAAGGUGUCCAAAAAAAGUGUACCCUUUGAAAUCAAGCCUUUGUUGGAAUUUGAAUGCCUUAUUACCAUGAUGAACCCACGUUUGCGCAAACAGAAUAGAAGUGUAUGACUAAUUAGUAAUUUUUAUGCAAUUAUGCUCUUCAAUUGAUACGAUUAGAAGCUAUUUCCUUACAUCCCAGGAGUAGAAAAUCUUGCACUUAACAAGAAUAUAGUUAUUUUAAUAUCAAUGUUGUUUUAAUAUUGUUAUUUAUGGAGUUAUCAUUCUUUUUAUAUAUAGAAUCAAACUUGCCGAGUGUUGUUGAGAAAGAGGUUACUACAUUAACAACAACCUUGGAACAAGUCCGUAAGCAUAUUCCAUCUGAGAAUCAGUUCAUACCAACUAUUACUAAGGGGAUUAUGUUAUUGCAAGAAAGUGAAGGUCCACCAUCGUCACAAUCACGAAAACUGAUUCCAAACCAUGUUGAUAUUUACCUUCUAUGUUCCGAAGAAGAUGCGAAAUAUUGUCAAUGGUUUUGUCAGUUAUUAAUAUCUCAGAAUCAAUCAUUAAUUAUUAAGAAAUCUUUGGAAGAAACAAAUUCAUCACGCCUGUCUUAUCUUGAAACAUCAAGUUUGGUGAUUCCGUUGCUGUCUCCAAGCUUCAUUUCGUCUGCAGAGCUAGUUCAUGAGCUUAACAUUGCAUGGUGUCGACAACGUUAUGCUGAAGAAUUUUGUUUCCUUGAAAUAAUUUUAGACUCCCUUCCUGUUAAACCAACGUAUGCCCAUCUCUUACCUUGUUUCUUCAACUGCAAAGACAAACAUUGGGAAGAUUCAGCAGAGAUAAAAGACAAACCUUCGUGUUUGGAAAACUUGGGGACUACGCACGAUGUUCCUGAGGAAGUUAUCCAUUGUUUUCUCUCUGCCAUAAAGUGCGCUCUUUCUUGGAUAACUAGUAAAGAAUGUUCUAUCUGGGGUUUACAUAACAAGCUUAGUAAUUGUCUUUAUUUCGGUAACUGUCUCCAGUAUUUGACCAAGACAUCAACUGGUCCUGACAAAAGGUAAUUAGUGAAUAUGUUUGGCAGAUGAAAUGGUAAAUGAAAUAAGUUAUGUGAAUUAAUUUCUGUCAGGUAAGUUAAAGAUGGAAAAAAGUUUCAACUAUGGUUUUUACAUAUAAAUAGGAUAUAAUAUUUUAAGUGUAAAUGUCCUGUUUUAAUUAAUUCUGAUCGAUAUACUUUCUCUGUUAAACAAGGACAGGAAUAACUUUACAAUGAAUCAUGAAUGGUAGUUCUUAAUUAAGCAAAAUAUUUUAAACCUAAAAGUUUAAAAUAACUCUACUGUAUAGUUAAAUUAACUCCCUGAAAUUAUAAGCGGUUACGUUUUAAUGUUCUCCACAUUUUAACACACAAUUAUAAUAUGUUCAAAAUACAUGCAGUAUUGACAAAUGCCUCGUCUGAUCGAAAGUGCUUCUAAUAUUUACAAAGCCCUGUGUCAACACAGUAUCGUCUGGUACCGUCUGGACUAUAGGACUCUAAGGAGCCGUCAAUCUCCUUCCCCGAGCCUGCGAUCCUCGGGAAGGAACGUGAGGCUCUGGGAUAAUCCGUUUCAGGGAGGAAUCUGAUUGGCCGUUGAUAUGGAAUGCACAGUUCGGUCUUAGCCAGGAUUUCUGGCUUCCGGCAACGUAUUAUCCCAGAGCCUCACGUUCCUUCCCGAGGAUCGCAGGCUCGUGGAACGAGAUUGAAGAGCCACCUUUAAAAUUUUUUGUUACAUUCUUAUUUUAAUACUUAGUUACAUUAAGUUUUCGCGAAAGAAAUGUUCAAUUUUAUCCAAACGUUGUCUUAUAUCAGUCAUUGAAAUAAUUUGAAGCUUUAAUGAAGGUUGCAUGGGAAGAAGAUGUAGUGACCACCAGAUCCAGUUUGGUCCAUUACGAUUAUUAAUAUUUUCGCAAUCACAUUCGGGUGGACGCAAUGGUAUAUUCACUUCAUUUAACAACUGAAUCU